AUGAUUUCUUCAAAAAAUAUUGAAAACAGUAAAAAAGAGAAUCAAAAUAAUAAUAGUAAUAAUAAUAAUGGAUUACAAAAGUCCCAAUCUCAACCAACGACACAAUCGACACAAAGCACAAAUGAUUUAUCUAACAAUACCAAAGCAACAAGUUUUAUUACCUAUUCUACUGUUAGUAGUGCUUCUUCUUUUGCCAAUGUUGGUAUUACAAACCCAUUUCACAAAAAUGAUAUAAAAAGUAAUCAUUUAAUAGAUGAAAUAACAGAUCUUCGUGAAGUUUUAAGAAAAUCUGUAAUUGGACCAUUAAGUAGAGAAAUUAUUGGAAUUUAUCAACAACAAUUACAACAACAACAACAACAAAAUCAAAUACAUGAUAGUAAUAACAAAACAUUAAUUGAUUCUAAUAAUAAUUUAAAUAAUGAUGAAUACGAUGAUGAGUAUGAUGAUUGUGAUGAAGAAGAAGAUUAUGAAUUAAAUAAAAGUCAUAAUAAUAAUAAUCUUCAACAAUCACAACAAAAUGGAAACGAAGAAAAUUGGAUGAUUAAACAACAUCUUUUAUUAAAACAGGAAAAAAAUAAUUACAAUUCAAAAAGUCCAUCACUUUUGGGUUCUUCAUUAAAUAAUAGUUUUGAUAAUCGUGCCGUUUUAGGCAGAACAAUUAGUGUUUCAUCUUUAAAUGGUGGUUUAUCUUCUGAUCAAUUCUUACAAGAAAUUGAAGAAAAAUUAAAAUUGACUCAAACAAAUAAAGAAAAUAAUAUUAUUAAUAAUACUAUUGAUUAUGAAAAUUGUAAUGAUAUUGAUAUUGAUCCAACUUUGGAUUAUAAAUCACCACCUUCUCAAUUAAUAAUUUCAAAUCAUCAAACUCCAUUAUUACAAAUUUCAAGAACACUUUCAUCAUCUUCAAUUAUUAAUAAUACUAAAAAUAAUAACACUAAUAAUAAUAAUAAUACUAAUAACACUAAUAAUAAUACUAAUAAUACUAACAAUACUAAUAAUAAUAAAAACAAUAAUAACACCAAUAUAAUUAAUAAUGAUAAUAAUAAUAAUACUGUUAACAAUAACAGUACUAGUAAUAAUAAUAAUAAUAAUAAUAAUAAUAAUAAUAAUAAUAAUAAUAAUAAUAAUAAUAAUAAUAAUAAUAAUAAUACAAAUAAUAAUGAUAAUGAAAUUUCAAUUGAAAAAGAAAAAAUAGUUGCAAUUAUUCAAGAUUAUCAAAAAGUUAAACAAGAAAUGAGGGAUCAAACACAACAAAUUCAAUCACUUGAUGAGCAAUUAAAUGAAAUGAAAGCAAAUUUAGAAUUAAAGAAAAAAAAGAUUUCAAUGUUAAAAAAUCCUUCCAAUAUUGUGACAUCAUCACCAAUAAUUAAUAAUAGCUCUUCUAUAAAUAAUAAUAUCAUUAAAAAAGGUAAUCAAAGUCCAUAUUCUGCUUCAAUUUCUUCUCCACAAAUACCAAUUCCUCAAAAUAAAUUUAAUAUAAAUAAUAAUAGUAAUAGUCCAAUAGUAAAUGGCAGUAGUAGCAGUAGUAAUAAUAAUAAUAAUAGUAUUAAUAAUAGUUAUAAUGAAUUACCACCAUCACCAUCAACAACAAAUCAUAAACCUCCAAUUGGUAAAUAUAAUAGUUGUGGUAAUUUAAUAUCAUCACCAAAUCAAAACCCAAUUCAAAAUCCAAUUCAAUUAUCUUCAAGUGGUGGAUCAUAUAAACAACAACCCCAACCCCAAUCCCAACCCCAACAACAACAAUCACCAAAUUUUAAUAAAAAAGAACAAUUAAAUAAUUUAGCACAAAAUUUAAAUUUAAAUAUUGGUAAUUUUAUUAAUGAAGAAGAUUUAAAUCAAAAGAUUUCAGAAGUUUUAGCAACAGCAAAAUAUAGAAUUGAAAGAAUUCAAUUUAAAAAUAGGGUAUUAUUAACAUCACAUCUUCAUAAUUUAAGUACAGAAAUUCAUCAAUUAAUUGAAAAACGAAUAACAAAGAAACAAGUGAAUUUAGAAUUGAAACAAAAUGCAAAAAUAGUUGCAGAUUGUGAACAAGUUGGUAGUACAAUUAUAAAUUUCCUUCAAGAGUUGAUGAAUCAAAAAUUGGCAAUCGAUGAACAAGUUGAAGUUAUUGUUAAAAAACGUAAAAUUAAAUCAAAAGAAACCAAGCAAUUGGAAGAAUAUGAAAAAAGAAAAAGAAAAGUUGAAUCGGCAAUUGCAUUUUUAAAUAUAGAGAAACGUUCAGUUAGAGAAUUAAGAGAUAGAUUCGUAUCGGUUUGUAAUGAAGUAACUAGGCUAUACGAAUCUACAAAUACAAUCGAAAGGGAUCUAAGUAAAUGGGAUGUAGAAUUGGAAAGAAUUUAUCAUCAAACUCGUGAAGGCUUCUAUUCUGAUUAUUUUAAACUUCAUCCUUUAUUUCAAUCAUGUUCUCAAAGAAUUAAAGAUCAUUAUCAUACAAAACAAGAUUUAAUUAGAGAGUUGGCCCGUCGUGAAGCUGCUCGUAUCGCUUCAGAAAUUUAUAUCUCUGGUAUUGUUCAAAUUUUAGAAUGUGGUCAUGAUUUAAUUACUGAUGAAAGAAUGGUUGAUGUUGCAAGAGUUAGAGGUUUAGAACAUCAGGUUCAUAUGUUAUACCAUUCAUUACAUGAUGCUCAAGUUAAAAGAUUUAAUUAA